AUGGUAUCAUCAAUCACUACAAUUCAUACGACGGAUAGUUAUGCACCCAAUGGCCAAGUCUGGAUUGCAGGUCAGAUUGCAGCGGAUGUUGAUGGGAACUUGAUCAAAGGUUCAAUGACAGAACAGGCCCAUCAAAUCUGCAAGAACAUUGAUGAAAUCCUGAAAGCGGCAGGAUCUGACUUGAAGAGAACAGUCAAAGUAACGGUUUUUGUCACAGACUUUGACCAGCUCCCUGAGUUCAAUGCAGUCUACAACACUUAUUUCCCCCAUAAGCCCCCUCGUACGUCCGUGGAGGUUUCCAGGCUACCUCUGGACGUGACAGCAGAGGUUGACAUUAUUGCUGUCACGAAAUGA